UAUGUCAGAAUUGAUAGUUGACAUAUGACUCGGUAUUGAAGAUUCUUUAAAUAUACAGUUAUUUUCUUUAACAUUUUAUUACUUUUUUCACUUUUUCCUUAAACAAGAAAUGUAAGUUAUGCUGCGCGUUUUACUCAGAUCUUUUAUAAUAUUUAAGAAAACAGUGCCUCUAAAUAGAAAUAUCCGCUUGCAGUUACAGCAUCCAUUCACAACAGCGCAAAUUUGGCGAGCCAUGGAAGACAAGGAAGCAUUGAAGAAACGUUUAACACCUUUACAGUAUCAUGUGACACAGGAGGCCGGCACGGAAAGGCCCUUUACAGGAUGCUACAACAAAUUCUAUGAAGAGGGCCUGUAUGUUUGUAUAGUGUGCAGACAAGAGCUAUUCACUUCAAAUACAAAAUUUGAUUCUGGUUGUGGUUGGCCAGCAUUCAAUGAUGUUUUAGCUAAGGACAAGGUUACUCUACAUCAGGACACAAGUGCAGUUGGAGCAAAUAUAUUACUGGUUUUAACACGACCAGGUUUGGUGCGAACUGAGGUGCGAUGCUCCAAGUGCUCUGCUCACCUGGGACAUGUGUUCGAUGAUGGGCCAGCGCCCACCAAGAAACGAUUUUGCAUUAACUCUGCAUCCAUAGACUUCAUACCAGCCGAGGAAAGGAAAGACUAAUGUUUUUGUAAUUGUACUUACGUACAGGACAAGAUCAAAUUGAAUUUUGAAAAAUACAUAGAUACUCUCAUGACUGUGAAUGGAAUAUGUGCCGGUUCAUUAAAUUCGUAUACCAAUAAGCUUUCAAUGCUGAAGUAAUAUUAAAAUAUUGGUUGCUUAGCUUUUUAGAAAAGUAUCUAGUUUUGUAUUACCUUUACUUAAACAUUGGGCGAUCUAAUUGCUUACAUUUGUAAACUUCCUAAUAAAAGAAAUAAGUAUAUUUAUUGAUAAUUUUAUGUCCCAAUAUUGUUUGUUUGCUUUACAUAACUCUUAAAGGCAUUUAAUUGGAACUUACAUAAGUUUUUAGUUACCGCACUAAGUCAUUUUUGUUUAUUUGUUGUUUAAUUUUAUUUAAAUUGUCUAACUAUGUACAAAACAGUGUUUAUUUAUUGUAAAGCUACUUUGUGUACUGAACAAUUUUAUUCUUGUAAGAAAAUUGUGUCUUAAUAAAUAAAUUUAUUUUCUGUAAUAAA